AUGGAUGCAAGCAAGGUCCAUGCCAUCCUAGAGUUGGAGUUGCCAGCCAAGGUAACUGAGUUAAGGUUAUUCAUUGGGAUGGUUAACUAUUAUAGGCACUUCAUCAAAGGCCACUCAGUUAUAGCCACACCCUUGACUGAUUUGCUUAAAAAGGGAAGAGCAUGGGAGUGGAGCAUUGAGUGCCAAGAGGCCUUUGAUUGGUCAAAGAGGGUAGUGACCAAAGAGCUAGUCUUGGCCUUGCUAGACCAUGUGAAGCCAUAUAAGGAUUUCCUUAUAGAAUUUGAUUAUAGGUUAGAGUAUAAGCUUGGACAGGUGAACACAAUGGUUGAUGCCUUAAGGAGAAAUGUGAACCUUGUUGCUAUUAGCCAACCAGAGGGGCUUUUGGUGCUGUGCAUCAACGAAGGGCUUAUGCAUAAUCCUACAGCCAAAGCUUUCAUCGAGCAUGCCAAGCAAGGUAAGACUAGACAGUUUUGGUUGUAG